AUGAGCUUCCAGAUCACUGGACGGGUGGGCGGGACCAUACCAAACGCAAACAUGGCGGCGUCCUUAGAUGAUGAUUUUGAGUUUGAUAACCAGGACUACUACUCUCUGCUCAACGUCAGGAAAGAGGCUACAUUGGAGGAGCUAAAGGCUUCAUAUCGGAGGCUGUGUAUGCUCUACCAUCCCGACAAACAUCGAGACCCAGAGCUGAAAAGCCAGGCCGAACAGCUUUUCAACCAGGUGCACCAGGCAUAUGAAGUGCUAAGCGAUGCUCACUCCAGAGCCAUCUAUGACAUCUUUGGGAAGAAAGGGUUGGAGGUGGAAGGCUGGGAGGUGGUGGAGAGGAAGAGAACUCCAGCAGAAAUUCGAGAGGAGUACGAAAGGCUGCAGAGAGAAAGAGAAGAGCGGAGACUGCAGCAAAGAACUAACCCCAAGGGCACAAUCAGCGUGGGUGUGGAUGCAACAGACCUGUUUGACCGCUAUGAUGAGGACUUCGAAGAGAUGCCAGGAGGGGGAUUUCCUCAUAUUGAAAUCAACAAGAUGCACAUUUCCCAGUCCAUAGAGGCUCCUUUGACGAACUCUGACACAGCAGUGCUGUCUGGGUCGCUCUCUACACACAAUGGGAACGGAGGGGGCAACAUUAACAUGACCGUACGGAGGGUUACUUCAGCCAAGGGCUGGGGAGAGGUGGAGUUGGGUGCAGGAGACAUACUUGGACCUCUCAUUGGGUUAAAGGUGUUUCGCAACCUCACUCCGCGGUGUUUCUUGACAGCCCAGUGCGGUUUGCAGUUCUCUCCUCGAGGUUUGCGACCAAGCUGUUCCCUGAUGACCGCACGCCACCUGGACCAGAACACCAUGGGUUACCUGCAGUGGCGCUGGGGGCCCCACAGCGCCAUGACCACCAGCCUGGUCCGAGACACAAAGAGCAGCCAUUUUACUCUAGCUCUGCAGCUGGGCGUGGCUCAUUCCUACCUGAUGAUGAGCUACCAGUACAAGUUCCAGGACGAGGACCAGACCAAAGUGAAAGGCUCUGUGAAGACGGGCUGGUUUGGCACUGUUGUGGAAUAUGGAGUAGAGAGGAAGAUCAGCCGACACAGUGUCCUGUCAGCCACUGUCAGCAUCGGGGUCCCUCAGGGAGUCACACUCAAGAUCAAGUUGGCGCGUGCCAGUCAGACGUACCUGUUUCCAGUCCAUCUAACGGACCAGCUGCUGCCCAGUGCUGUCUUCUACGCCACUGUGGGACCCGUGCUGCUCUACAUGGCCAUCCACAGACUGAUCAUCAUCCCAUACACACAAGCACAGAAAGAGCAAGAUCUGGAGCUGCAGAGGAAGAGCUCAGCCACAGACAUCGCCAAGAAGAAGCACGAGGCAGAGUCUGCUGUUCUGCUGAUGCAGGAGUCUGUGAGGAGAAUCAUAGAAGGGGAGGAAUCCAAGAUGGGUCUGAUCAUCCUGAAUGCCUGGUAUGGAAAGUUUGUGUCAGACACCAGCCAGAAACAGGAGAAAGCAAAGGUCAUCGAUGUCACCGUGCCUCUGCAGUGCCUGGUCAAGGACUCCAAACUCAUUCUCACCGAGACCCCCAAGGCAGGGUUGCCGGGCUUCUACGACCCCUGCGUAGGAGAGGAGAAGAGUCUGAAGUUACUGUACCAGUUCAGAGGUGUCAUGCACCAAGUCAUCUGUGCAGACACGGAGUCACUACGGAUACCCAAGCAAUCUCACAGAAUUGAGCCCGAGUCCUAGGAGCGCACCACUGUUGUAGCAUCAAGAGGGCAAAAUCCAGAUAAAGCAGACUUUGUGUCAAAUGAUGAACCCAA